AUGGAAAACUCCUCCAAGGACAAAAAAACGGCCACGGGACCGAAAAAGAAGAGAGAACCAGGCAAGCGCUGCGCGGUUAUGUUUUGUAACAACACCAACAAAGACGGAGUAAGUCUCCACCAGUUUCCCACCGAUGAACCCUUUCGGCGCCAGUGGAUCGCUUUUGUCUUAGCAAAGAGGACCGACGACUGGACGCCGGGAUCUGGUAAUAUUUGCAGUUGCCAUUUUACGCCAGACUGUUAUGAAGGAAUGGGUGCGAAACUCGCAGGGUUUGCUAAGAAGGCUUAUCUGAAGAAGACGGCCAUCCCCACAAUUCAGGCCAAUCCCACCCCUGAACAAAUCCAGGAAGCGCGCUCUCUUAAGAGAAAACGUCCAUCUGCGGCAACGCGAAGUGAUUCAAAGCGGCAAGUUCAACUAAAGGGGGAUAUAACGCCAAAAAGUCGUCCAAAAAAGUCUAGUCGAGCCUUGUCUAAACUUACCGCUCAUAGGGUGAGUAUUAAUUUUGUUUUUUUGUUUAGCUACCUUGGCAUGAAUAAAAAGUUUCUAAAAUAUCAUCAAGAUAAAAGAUCAUAAUCAAAACGCAACAGUGUGCCUUCAAGAUACAAUAAUACAAUUUACUGAAAUCAGGCCAAAGGUUAUGGAGCACAUGCACCAACAGAAAACUGAAAAAAAAAAUUCUUUGUUUAUGAUAGCUAGUGGCAGAUUAUAGGAAGACGCGAGAAAAAGAAAAGACCACUGAUAAAGUACCGGGACCAUCCACAAGUGACAACAGACAACCACCAAGUAACAAUCAACCUGAAGUUCCCGAAACAACGGAUCUGGCACAGCCCUCAACGAGUGCAUGUGGUGACACUUCGUGUUUAGAGACUGGUGCAGGGCAAGAAGAACGAAGUCAGGCUCGGGAGUUUCAAACGGCUAACAAGGGAACUCAAAAAGGACUCCGCCGCCCAAUCUGUCGCAGCAAAGGUAGACUUUAAUCUUAGUUAUAUCUUGAAAAAUAAGUGUGUUUACAAAGGGUUUAGCCAUCUUUUCAAACAUUCUUUGCGAUGCGACUAUCUUUGGUGAUUAAGGUUUUUAAUCAUAGGUACCCAGAUUUCUCCAAAGUCCAACACAACGGUGGAAAAUGGGUCAUAG